UCUACACGACUCUCUUCCGAUGUAAACAAGAAAAGACAGUCGAGGGCAACAGGGAUCAAAUAGGCCGGUGUCACCGCAAAUGAUAGCCAUUAUAUACUCAUAAACGGCUGACAUGGGGCUGCCUGUUACUAUUAAAGUCAAUUUCCGGGGGAAUGUGAAGAGAUUUCUGGCUCAGGAUUUGGACAAAUUGGAGUGGGAAUCCGUUGAAGCCUGGAUCAAAGCAUCUUUUGGGAUCAACCACUUUCAAGUGAAAUACUUUGAUGAGGAUAAUGAAGAGAUUUGCAUAAACAGUCAAGAUGAAUAUGAAGAAGCCAUCAAGAGUGCCGAGAAGCAGGGGAACCAGUUGCACAUGAACGUGUACAAGAUGAAAGGGCAGGCCUGUGGAGGCCCACUGAAGACGGAGGUGAAGGAGCUGAAAGGAGACCUCCGACCUGCCCCUCCUUAUCCAUCAAGGGUCAAAACAGUGGACAAAGGCACACAGGUCACCCCAGAGCGAGAAGCUGUCACAGUAAAGGACAGCAAGGGGAGCAAACCAGAAGAUGAGCCACCUCCCAUGUGGUUUAGAUCGUACAUGGAGAAGUUUAAAGAUGAGGUGGUGAAAGAGGUAGUGGAAAGGAUGUGCAAUGACUUUUCUGGCCAGUGUUGUACCCACAAAUCAUCUGAUGGGCCCCAUGAGGCCACUGGGGCUAGUGGUGGUCCUAUAGGGCCCAGGCCGGGCCCCUCCACCUCAAAUGGAUCUCUUGGCUACACCCCAAACUGCAGCAGCUGCAAUAAACUCACCUCUGAAGGGGCCUACAAGUGCAGUGUGUGCCCAUCCUGCAUCCUGUGUGAGAUGUGCAGACAUAGCCAUGAUCCUAGCCACAACCUUGUGAGAACCAAGACACCUCUCUCCAUCCCCGAGCAUGGAAUGUCGGGAGAGUUGAGGUUCCCAAGGCGAGGAGACAGGACAGUGCGCAAGGCUGAGCGACAGCGCCUCAAAGCUGAAAGGAGGCAGCUAAGAGCUGAAGUGAAGGAAAUCAAGAAGAAACUGAGACUGGAGAAGAGGGGGCUGCAGUGGAGUGGGCCCUCUACCUCAGGCAGAGCCAACCUGACAAACAUGGCCUCAGCGUCCACCCAGGUCCCAGCCCUGCCCCUCCCUGUUGCCUCAGAAACAGCCUCAGGUCCAGCCCCAGCCCAAGGUCCCAUCCCUGCCCUGGUCCCUGAUCCCCAGGCCUCCAGUCCAGAGGGUCCCGGGGUCUCGCACACGUCCUUGGUGCCCACUAUGGCUGCGUUGUUUCUGGAUGAAAAUCUGCCGGACGGCACCCGUCUGGAGCCUGAUACCAAGUUCAUCAAAUACUGGAAGAUGAGGAACUCGGGCACUAUCAACUGGACCUCAGAGACUAAGCUAGUGUUCAUGUGGGGAAACCUCGACCUGGCGUCAGAGAAGAAGAGGGAGGUGCCGGCCCCCUUGCUGCUGCCCGGACAAGUGGGAGUGGUCAGUGUGGCCUUUGUGGCUCCUGUGAUGGAGGGGACGUACACCUCCCACUGGCGGCUGGCGCACUGCGGGUGUCAGUUUGGCCCGCGUGUCUGGUGCAGCAUCGUGGUCGAAGCUGGUGACAGCUGCAACACACUCGUGCAUCAGAGCAAACGACUGAAGGAGGAGGCGAUGCCGGUGGAGAAGGAGAAGGAGGUAAGAACCAAGGACAGCAGCCCUGGCUUGUCUGUAGACCUGAACCACGAAGACUACUACUUCCCCUCAGUCGACCUGCUGACUGCACAGGAUCUACUGUCAUUUGAGUUGCUGGAUAUAAAUAUUGUGCAAGAGUUGGAGAAGGUCCCUAACAACACUCCUGUGGAUUUGACACCCUGCAUAUCCCCUCUGCCCGAUGAUGCACCAAUGUUGGAGAAGGCCAUCCCUUCACAGAUAAAAGAAGACACAGAGGUCACAGGGGUCAGAAAACUUUUUGGAGUGAACCUGAGGCAGCAGAAUGAGCUGCUGGAGCCUGUGACCCAGGAGGAUGACAGGGAGGAGGAGAUCAGCGGAGCCCAGUUCCUCUGUGAGACGGUCAUCCGCUCCCUCACCUUGGAGGAAGCCCCCGAUCACAGACCCCUGCGCAGAGCCCAGCACAGCAGCCACAAACCACAGGUUGUUUCCCGGGGGCCCAGCUUUUGCUUCGAGAAAGCUGCAGAGGCUGAGAAGACAGAGACAGUGCAAGAAGGGAAUGUGGAGAUCUGUGUCAUUAGACUUGAGAGUUCAGCUCUGCCUCCCAACACAGGUCUCAACCAGAUCCCCCGGGAAGAGCAGACAAGGCCAGUUCUUCUGCUGGAACAAGCGAAUGAAAAUCUGCAUAUCAGUUCACAUCAUGAUAAUGAAGACGAAGAGGUCAUGGUCUUGGAUGACAUGCAGAACAUGAGGGAUACUCAAGAAGAGAAAGAGGAGGGUGGAACCAAAGGAGAAGACUGGGAGGAGGUCAGCAGCCAGACCUCCUCAGUCUCCUCCUGCGACGAUUACAUCAUUGUCCUCCCAGACUGCUUUGACACCAGCCGGCCUCUGGGCGAGUCCAUGUACAGCUCCGCCAUGUCGCAGCCUGACGCUGCUGCUGCUGCUGCGACCGUAGCCGAUCCAGACGUACAGCAGGAGAAGGAGGAAGACUCCAACUCCGAGCCAGGCGAGGCGGCACCACUGACAGAGAGGCAGGAGAGGACCGAGGUGGUCAAUGCUGAGGAUUCAUCUGUGAACACGUGGCCUCCACCUGUCCCUCCCAUCCACAGCAGUGUGAACCAGUUGCUGUGUGCCUCCCAAACCUUGGACGCUGUGACGCUCACCCCUGAAGUGGUGCCACCACCGGUGCUGCCUGACCCCAUGCUGUCCCCACCGGCCCUCUACUCACCCAGGUCUGAGGCACUGUACCUGGCUGAGGACCCCAGUCCUCCAGCCUGUGAACCAUAUGAGCCACACCAACCAAGGGUCCACCUAAAUGUAUCAUCUGGUCUGUCAAGAUCAGCAGGCUCAGCAUCCAGUGCCUUUGAGACAUAUAACCCCAGACCCAGCAACGCUUUGCAGCCAAGGGGCCAAGGAGGCAUCACAGAGGGACUUGUCAAGGGGGCCCUUUCUGUGGCAGCGUCCGCUUAUAAAGCUCUCUUCACUGGGCCAAACUGUUCAAUACAGCGAGGCAUCGACCCAGCCACCAGACAGGACCCUUCCAUGAUGGCAAUGCUGCUGGAAAUGGGCUUCAGAGACCAGCGGCUCAAUCAGCGGCUGCUGAGGAAGCACGGCUACAGCCUGCUGCACACUGUCAACGAGCUGGUGCAGAUGGCUGAGGACCGCCAGAACAAAGCUGUCAACAUUCAGCGCUGAGGGAGGGAAAGCUGUGGGAAAAGGCUACUUUAAGGCUGUAAAAGGAAAGAAAUUUAUUUGACUUUUAAACGUAACGUUGGGUAUAUUUAGAUUAUGACAUGUGUAGCCUAUCUCUCACCCUUCGCAGUGUCUAGAUUUAUGUUGAAUUAUUUAAAGAAGAGACGAAGAAAACCUAUUUAUGAUUCAUGCAGUUGAUUGAUUUUCCAAAGGGUGGAUACUUUAUCUGGACCAAGAGUAAUGCUAAGACAACAACAUGUCACUUAAAGUGUAAAAAACAUGAAACAAAAAUGAAAGAGGAGCGUUUAUUUCUUGAACACUGUUGAUUAGAGUGAAAGGAAUGAAUGGCUUCUCCUGCCUUUGCCUUUAAUUUAGCUUCAGCAUUUGGAUGCAAUUAACCUUAUACACACUUGUAAAUUAUUCUGAAUAGUGGUUAAAAUGCCUUGUUUACCUGGGCUAUAGAGCCUUAUGGGUUGGUCAAAAGGAGCAGGAGCUGUAGUUUUGACAGGACAAAAGUGUGUAUUUCAGCUCUUCAUCUUAGUGUUUGUGUGGCUGUUGUAGCUGCUUCCUCUGCGCUGAAAAAUAAUUGUCUUUUGACAGGGCUUGGCUAGAUUCUUCUCACAAAUAGAGCAGUGAAAAUUAAUAUUGUUGAAUGUCAUAAAAGAUAGAAAUGUUCUGUAAAGCCAGCUCUCAUUUAAGACGAUGCUACUGAAGCUACAUGGAUAUUCUGGGUGUUGAGGGUCAGCAGUGCAGUAGUCAGAACAGAUAUUUAAGACUUUUCUCGAUUUUAUCGUAGUGAAAUCUGCCUAAACAAUGCAAUCUUUUUCUGUAUCAGAGUACUGUUAUUUUAGACGUUGACAUGUGGAAUGUAUACAAAACUGUCCGGACUGAUCAUUGUUCGGACUCAGAUGUUUUCUACUGCUUUUUAGGAGACACCUGCAUGACAGGUAGAGGCUUUAGAGGUGAGUUGUGUCCUCGUGGUCUUAGCACAGUCACAGUGGAAAAUGUCCGCUUUGCGUCAUUGUUUAACACCCCUGCCUGCAUUUUCACGUGUCCUCAUUAAACCACCAACUGAAACCAAGCAACAGUCAUUUAGCAUUAAUCCAAGCUGAGAUGUCUCUAACAACACAUUCCUCAAUCUCAUAGUGGAACCAAGUAUAUGUUAUUUCAUGACAUUGCCUUUAUGAAAGAUUAUUAGUUUACUGAAAUAUACAUAAGAUAUGGUGAUUUGUAGUGUGUGUGCAGAUAAGUUAAUGUACGCCUCUGUUAUUUUGAAUUAUUCCUCCUGUGUGUGUUUGUGUGGUUGAGAAUUUUUUAACCAUAUUUUCUUAUGUUGAUGAUUUUCCAUGUUUUAAAGAAUCAUGCUCUAGAGAAUAAUUCUGAAUAUAUCUACUACUGGAUGCUUGUCAAAUUAUUCUUCUGUCACAGAGUGUAUACAUUAAAUACCCUUCUACUGUCAAUCUGCCAAUAAACUAUUUGCACAUCU